UUCAGCAUCACUUGUGAGAUGGCAUCAUUGAACCAAACUGGGAAGCUUUAUCUGCUAAAGUCGGUCAAAGAAAACAGUAGUGCUGUUCAGAGCAAGAAUCUCAAAGGCGCUUCUGCCACUUUCCUCUUCACAAAUGCAGACUUUGCAGAUGAAGGGAAUUAUUCUUGCUGGCAGAAUUCUAGCUCUUCUUUCCAUUCCCAAGAGAGUCUGCCUAUUGAACUCCAAAUCAAAGAUCCAUUGCCAACCCCUUUCAUCUCAGUAAGCAGUCAUACCGGUGACAUUGCACAUGGCCAAAGUUUCCACAUCAAUUGCUCUAUAGAAACCACCUACUCAUUUGGGACUUUCAAGUUACUACAGACUGCUGGAAACAUGACAACAAGACCUCUGUCAAAGGAAACUUUAAACCAGUCUGUCACAUUCUCCUUCCUUCGUACAGACUUCCUCAAUGAGGGUAAUUACACCUGUGUGUAUGAAACUACAAUUUCUGGACGUAACAUUAGUUCUCCUGAGAGCAGAUCUAUAUCAGUCACUGUCACAGGCUUAAGGCUUGCUAACGGUGGACGCUGUGCCGGUCGAGUUGAAGUCUUCUACAAAGGGACCUGGGGAACAGUCUGUGACAAUGCAUGGGGACUGCAAAAUGCAGAUGUGGUCUGUCAGCAAAAAGGCUACGGUGCAGCAGUGUCAGCUCCACACAAUGCAGCCUUUGGCUUGGGAAGUGGUGACAUCCUGCAGGAUGAUGUCAGAUGCUUUGGAAAUGAGAUGGCCUUCUCUCAGUGUCCUUUCAGGGGCUGGAGAUUACACAACUGUGAUCACAGUAAAGACGCUUCUGUUAUCUGUCAAGAUUUCAUUCAAAAGCCACAAAUUUCCCUGACUUCUGUAUACAACUAUUUUAUGCCUGGAGAAGUUUUUCACAUUGUUUGUUCCAUGGAUUUUCCACUUUACACUCUUGUGGAUUUUUAUCUUUACCAUAAUGAGGGGCAAAGUGAAAGAGAGACAGCUGCUGUCCAUAAGACCAAAGUGAAUUUCACUCGGAGCAGAGCAGCCUCUAAUCAUGAAGGGAACUACUCCUGUCGAUUUCAAGUACAGGGCACUCAUCUCCGUUUUGAUUCACCCUUCAGUGACAGUAUCUACAUAAAUAUAGUGGAUCUGAAAAAGCCAAAUAUUUCGAUUGGUCACCAAGAUUCAAAACACAUCAAGGGACAAAGUCUGGAUAUCAUCUGCUCCACAAUAUCAAAGUACCCAGGCGGAAAGUUUCAUCUUUUGAAAUUAACCAAAUUUAAUUUUACCAAUCUGCAGUCUGUGGUUUCUUUUAACCACUCUGCUGUCUUCUCACUCCCCAAGACAGCAAUUUUUCAUGAAGGAAAUUACUUGUGUCAGUAUGAGGUAGAGGUAUCUGGACGCUCCUUUGUUUCUCCUCUUAGUGAUCCUGUUAAUAUUACAGGCAGUGAACACCUUUUACCAAAGCUUGACUUGAAAUAUGAUCAUCAUUGUACAAGUAGUUCAGAAAACUGA